UCUAUCAACAAGCUAGUUAGCAAAAUAGAGAUGGUGAAUGCUAUCGGUGAGGCAGUGGGAACAAGAGGACGCGGACUCAGGGUUAUGCCGGUGUCUCGACAAUCAUACGACUUUGGACCAUUUAAAUAACGAGGUAGCUGCAUAGACGGUGGUUGUAAUUAGCAGCACAAUUCAUGCAAUCGCUGGUGCAUAGGAGAGUUUAGGCUCUGACCAUCGGGCAAGCUCAGUCAACCUCGCAGGGACAACACGGCUCACUCACCGCAGAGUGGGAGCAUGGUGGUUCCGGACAACACCACUGUGGUCCAGCAGCCUGAUAAUGGUAGCUCCAGUGGUCUCAUGGAGAGCUCCCAGCCUGGGUUUAAGGAGGAGGAGGAGGAGGAGCAGGACCUAGCAGAGGUGGAGCUGGAGGAGGUACGCAAGCUGCAGGAGCUUGUUCGCCGACUGGAGGUCCAGAAUCAGACGCUCCGCAACAGGGGAAGCAAGAACAUCAUCCACGGAGGAGCCAGCAGCAACAGCAACCUCACAGCCAGCACCAAUUUCAACGAGAGGCUAUCUUGUGCAGGGGUGACAAACUCCCACCUCAGGUUGGAGCACAGUGGUGAGCUGGGUGCCAGAGACUUUGAGCUGUCUCCUCCCCCAGACAGCAGCAGCAGUGAGGAGAUGUCCCCUCUUCCUGUGGCUACCAGGCUGGAGGAAGAGGAGGAUGCAGAGGGGGAUGGAGGGCUGUGCGGUGGCUUUCUGACCUUGCCCUGCAGUAACGGACCAGGACAGAGCCAAGUGCAAACUCAGACACCGGAGAGCCCCUCUCAGGAUAGUUAUGAGUCAGAAACACUUGCAGAGAGCGACUCAGGGGUUGACCAGACUGCCCUGGAUGAAGUGGACGUCUUAGAUUUGGAAGAUGAGUGUGCAGAUGUAGAGGAAGAGGACAGUUGGUUGUAUGUAUCUCCUAAGAAGCAAGUGGCAGAUCCAGGCCCAGAGUCUCCAUUAAAGUGGUGUCGGAAGGUUCUUGACCACCCCAGUCCAGAGACAGAAGUGGCUUGUCGGACCCUGAUCAACCGUUUGGAUCAGACUUCUCGAUGGAGGAACAUGUACAGCAGCCCCUCAGCAGACGCUGGCUCUGCAGGCUCAGGCCUGAUCUCUCCUGGGUACCACAAAUCAACUAACAAAUCCCUACUAACCUGUGGCAGCUCAGGCCUUAUGAGCAUGCAGUCAGCCUUGAGCUCUCAGUCCUCCAUAGAUAGUGAGCUCAGCACAUCAGAUGACUCCAUCUCCAUGGGCUACAAGCUGCAGGACCUUACUGAUGUCCAGAUAAUGGCUCGGCUACAGGAGGAGAGCCUGAGGCAGGACUAUGCUUCCAGCUCAGCCUCUGCAUCACGGCGCAGCUCCACAGCCUCUCUGCAGUCCCUGCGCCGGGGUGGCACCUACAGCGACCAAGAGUUUGACAGCUAUAGUAUGGAAGAUGAAGAAGAUGAGUUCUGCUCCCUGCCCCAGCGUCGGCGUCGCUUCACUCCCUCACCCUUGGGUUCACCCCGGUGCCUGUCGCCCUCCACUUCCAACCACGGCCAGGAAUACAGCAACCGACUUGGUGCCCCACGUGCAAGAACGCCCAGACGCUCUCUGCAGGGCCCUAGCCCAGAGCUGCUCAAAUUUGCCAAGAGUGAGGAGGAGUUGAGGCACAGCAUGCCUAAUCUGGCCCCUCGCACCAGCCUGCGUUCCCUGGAGGCGGUCAGAAACAGCCGCAGCAUGGAGGCUAACCUCCAGAGCUCCGGCAACCGCAUGUCCUGCCUGAGUCACUCCCCCUCCACAGGUAUGACUUGUAGUCGACUACGUAACAAUGGCCAGUCUCCUCUCUCCCUCCGGGCUCCAGUAAAAGCCAUGAGCCCUGUGGCCUCCAUGACAGCAACUCGUCAGCCAUCCAGAGGUCUGCCUGUCAUCCAAUCAUCGUCCACAGGAGGUGUCCGCAGGGUCCAGUCCCCAGGCUCUGCCAAUGGGGGAGCAUACCUGCCUGGGAGAGCCUCCUCUGCGGCAGGGAAGCCAGCUGUGGGCCGUGGACAAGCUGCACCUGCAGGAUCCACCAGGAGCAGACUUUCACAACCCGCCAGGAGGUCUUUGGGCAUGACUAAGAUCUCAGAUGAAUCGUGGAAAGAUGGGUGUUACUGAACUUAACCGGUGAUGAAGGAUGGCCACUGCUGAAACCUCCACCUCACCUCUCUCCUUUACCUCACGUAGUACAAAGAACACAACCGCUGUACGUAAAUGUACUGUACUGCCUCCCAGUCCCUCGUGUCAGACUGGAGCACUGGGCUGCACUGGAUCUGUAGAUACGACUCAUCUCGUUCCCUUGCAUGAAACAUUCUCACCCCACCAACAGAGAGGGAAGGAGAUACAGGCAGACGUGAAGGCACACAUACACACUCCAUUUAUAGUAUGGACCAAUUCAGAGCUUCCAGAAGAUUUGUUUGUGUCAAUAUCAAUUAUUUUUAUGGUAACUGUGAGAGACUGCUGGAAUAAUAAGGGUUGUAAUGACUUUAUUCUUUUUUUUGUAAUUGAAAUGAAGACAUGGCUGGUUUGUCCAUUUUUCUGUGAAUUUCUUCUAGAUGAAGAUGAAAUGAAAGUUGCAUGCUUGGUUUUGUUGUUUUUCUUCUUCUCUACAUUAUAUGGUGCAGCCUCUACAUCAUUCUGUACUUGCAAUAUGUCCAAUCUUCCAAAUUCCCCACAGUGAUAUGUGUGGAUUUAUGAAUGUUUGGGUGGUUUGUUGUAAAAAUCUCUUUAGAUUUGUCUUGUGUUUUGCUCAUUGCUGACACAGCAAUGCAACUUCUGUAGACCACACUGCCCUUAUAACUACCACUAUAAAAAGAGGAAAUGUUUGUGCCAAGGUGCAUUUCAGCUGCAACUCUUUCUAAUUUCGGAAGUAACCUUGGUCAAAGACGGUACUGUUAAGGUACUGCAUUUUCCAGGUGUUUGUACUGCAUAUCUAGAGGUGGAUUUGAGUAUUUGCUUUUGGAUACCACUGUAAUAAAGAAAAUGAUUAUGCACGAAGGCCUUUGUCUUAUAGACAGCUAUGCACCCUCAUGCAGAGUGCCUCUGAAAAUAAGGAGCUGUUAUGAAAAUUAAUAAAGUCUACCCUAAAAC